GCAACAGUGCGCAUCACGAACGGAUUAUAUGUGAGUUGCGGACGGCAGAGUACGCUGUCGUUCCGGAGCGGAGCCGUUCCACCGCCGUUCCGCAUGCAGUGUAUUUUAGGUGUUCGGCGUGUCUGGACGUCUCUCCCUCACUGCUCGAGAAGAAGCAUGCACAAGGCGGCGUCAGCAUUAGAGGCACUAUCUAGUGGCCAACUGUGUAAUUACAACUGAUGUGAUGUGCCGCAGGUGACACCGUUUCAUCAUUUAAAAAAAUUAUUCUAAGGGCCACUUCGAGUGAGGGCGCGGGCCGUGUGCGGCCCCCAGUUGCCCAUCCUUGCUCUAUGUUGUUUAUGUAGGUGCGUAUGUGUGCACUUGUGUACCUAUCUAAAUGUGGACUUUGUUGUUGGUAAACAUUCACCAAAAGGGGACCAGGAAGCCAGCAGGAGACAUUCUUUAGGUUACAUGUUGGACAAGCAUUAAAUCAUGCUAGAAUCAUGUCUAAAGCACUCUGGUACUUCUAUCUUUUUUUUUUCCUUUUUUUAAUUUCAGCUAAGAGGGGACCUACAGGUAUGUGAGUGGUUGAAUCUCUUUAAUACUGAAGGGAGGUCAUUAAACAGACCACUUAUUGAAGAAACUUGAAUGAGUUCUUGAGUCAUGGUUUGUAACAAAUUAUAAAACAACUUAAUGGGUUUCAAGCUUGAAAAAAAGAGAGAGAAAAAAAAAUAAAAUCAAAUAAAAUGGUCAGAAAAUGUCUUUUUAUGUUUAAUAGAUCGCUAAAGACUAAAUAAUGAUUAGAAAUAUUUUGCUCUAAAUAAUUCAGCAAUUAUUACUCAGUUAUGAGAAUAUGAGGAAAGAGGAAAGCCAGACCUCAACAAGUCCACUGUAGUGUUAUAAGCUAUCUCUGUGGUGUCUGUCUGUGCCUGCAUGGUGCGGGGGGUGCAUGUAGGUGUGUGUCUGUAUGUGUAUGUUAUUAUUAUAUUUUCAUUUAUAUUUGUCUUUACAGUAAUUUCUGUACGUCUGUAAUUUGACCACAUCGAUAAAGUUUACCUUGAGUACAGACAAGAUUUGUCUAGAGACAGCCACGAGCAGACGAGCAGAUUGUGGUGAUGACGUCACUGUGGUGAGUUUAAUUAGUUGUUACUCUGUUUGUAUUUCUGUGUCUCCUAUAAAGUCUUCAUUCACAACCGUCACUCAGACAUUGUCUGACUGUCUCCAUCUGUCUUGUUUGCCACAAUGCUAUGCCACUGCAGUGACAGGUUUGGUUAUUUUGUGAUACGAAUGUCAUUUUUAUUUUUUUAAUUGUUAGAACAGUUGGUAGUACAUCAACAAGUGUGUGUGUUUGCUUUGAAUAGUGAUGGCUAAUAACAGCUCAUUGGUUGGUGGUCAGGUCUCUCUGUUGAAGCUUUGGGACACAAUCAUUAUUGUUCAGGUCCUUGUGAUAAUAUUUCUUUCCAUCAAUGCUUUCCUCAUCAUAACUUUUUUCAGAAAGGAGUGCUUCUACACAACUACACGCUACAUCUUAUUUGCUGUUACACUUCUGUCUGAUAGUUUGAUGUUAGUCAUUUCUGAUAUCCUGCUCUUAGUAAACUAUUUUAGAUUUACUAUGCAAGUUUGGAUAUGUGUCAUUAUCUCUGUUGUGGUUCUUCUAUAUAAUAUAGUCACACCAGUUACUCUGACAGCAAUGACCCUGGAGCGAUAUGUGGCCAUUUGCAUGCCCCUGCGUCAUGCAGAGCUGUGCUCCACACGCAGCACUAUGCAUUGCAUCCUCAUCAUUCAUGCUCUCAGCUCUGUACCCUGCAUUGUUAUUCUUUCCACCUUCUUUGCAUCAGCCUCUCUAGGCUUUUACAAACAAUACAAUUUAUGCACUGUGGAGAUGUUCCUGUUUUACAGGUGGCAGGAUCAUGUUAGAUCAGCUAUUCAUGAGUUUUACUUCUUGAUUAUGGUUAUCAUCAUAUUAUUUGUCUAUGUUAAAAUCAUGAAAGCGGCCAAAGCUGCAUCAGGAGAGGAUAAAAAGUCGUCAUGGAAAGGGCUCAGAACAGUAAUUCUUCAUAGUUUCCAGCUGCUGCUCUGUCUCAUCUACCUGUGUGGUCCUUUAAUAGAAGCAGCUGUUAUACAAAUAGAUUUCAUGCUAUUUAUUAAUGUCAGGUUCUCUAAUUACAUAUUAUUUGGUCUUACUCCAAGAUGUCUGAGUCCUCUUAUUUAUGGCCUCAGAGAUGAAACGUUUUCUCAUGCACUGAAACAUUUUGCCUCCUUUGGCUUGUAUAAAAGAAAUGUUUGACAAUGUAGAUUAUUAGAUUGCUGUAGAUUACUGAAUAUGUCUGCACUUUAGUUUGACAUGAGUAUUUAUUUUUUAUCUGUUGACUAUUAUAAGCCUGACUGUGACUGCAUCCUUAGUCAAGUGACAAUUCAAAACUACUGUUAUUUUCUUUCUUUCUUAUUUUCUGGCAACAUUCAUCUGUUUUCGCUCAUCUGUGUUUGAGUUUUAUGCAAUAUUGAUUUACUAUGUUACUGUAAUUUUAGAUCUUCCAAGCCUAGCUAGAAAUAUGGCAUACUGUAUGCACAAUAAACAACUGGUAUGCCUCAGUUGUUUUAAGUGCUGUUUAUAUUAAAGUUGUAAAGUUUUAUCAGAAUUUUACAUACUUCA